GUUUCUGUUUGAUCAAACAUAGGCAUGAAAGAAUUUUGCAAGAAAGAAUAGCAGCCGCCCACAUAUCCAAAGCAAUAUUUGGCAAACCAAAAAGGAACCCCCUCAAAAUUUUCUAAAACUUCUGUGAUCCAUCAUCUCUCUGUUUCAUGCUUCUACCGACAAGUUUUGUUCCAAAUUAACACAACACAAAAUCCUUUUCUCUUUCCAAACCUUGGAGUUUGCUAAAAACACGAACCUUUGACCUGGUUGGUUGUUACCACUUUCUUCGAAAACCUUGAAUUUAAACCUUGUUAUCAUCUCGUUUCCUUGACUCUUCCAUUGUCAAUGGAGAGAGAAGGAAACGAUUCUCUUGCGGGAGAUGAUGAAUCUCUCCCAGGUGCUCCUGCUUCUUCCAAUGGUGUAGCACCCAUUUUGAGCUCGACCCUUUUGUUGGAUCAUGUUGGGGAGGUCACCCUCACCUUCCAUUCAGAUGGCCUGUCUUGGAAAUUGGAGGACUCUUUGGAAAAUGAUGUUUCAACUUGUUUAGGCAUUAAAUGUGUUUCUAAGGUUGCCACGGAGAUCAAGCUUUCUGACAUAUAUGCGGUUGAGUUAUCUCAUCACGGUCUGAUUCACAUAUCAAAUCUCCCUCGUGCUACUGAACAUCUGCUUUUUGGUCAAGACAUUAAGAUGUACCGCUUUAUUGUGCAUUGUUUUAUUAGGAACAAGAAUCAACCUUCUAAGUGGAUCCUAGCUGAAUAUACUUUUGGGCACAAAAAUUUGGAAACAUGUCAGAUGUGGGUUAAUCAACUUAAUACAUCCUUGAAGCUAGAAGUUGGAAGACCAAGGAAACUUUUAGUUUUUGUUCAUCCAAGGAGUGGGAAAAGUAAUGGCUGUAGAACCUGGGAAACUGUGGCUCCUAUAUUUUCACGUGCUAAAGUACAAACAAAGGUGAUUGUGACAGAAAGAGCAGGACAGGCAUUUGAUACGAUGUUGUCGAUAACAAAUAUGGAGCUUAACUCAUAUGAUGGUGUUGUAGCUGUUGGUGGUGAUGGGUUUUUCAAUGAAAUCCUGAAUGGGUUUCUUUCUCCCAGGCUUAAAGCUCCCUACCCACCAACUCCAUCAGAUUUUGUUCAUUUGGCUAAAGAUAGUGGCGAUUCCUUGGUUUUUGAUAAAGAUGAAAUAGUUGAAGAGGCUUCAAGUCAAAGUGAAGACCAGUUUCCUCUGAUUUCCAAUCCAAAACAGUCUGGGUGUACAAUGUCAAAUUCCAUUGGAGAUUCAGAAGAUAAGGCUCUUGAAUUUCCUGUUCCCAAUGAACGGUUUCGAUUUGGGAUCAUUCCUGCAGGUUCAACUGAUGCCAUUGUUAUAUGUACCACUGGAACUCGAGAUCCUGUAACUUCUGCAUUGCAUAUUGUCCUUGGUAAAAGGGUGGACCUUGACAUAGCUCAAGUUGUACGGUGGAAAACAACUCCUGGAUCUGAGGUUGAACCAAAUGUGCGUUAUGCAGCUUCCUUUUCAGGGUAUGGAUUUUAUGGUGAUGUCAUCUCAGAGAGUGAGAAGUAUCGCUGGAUGGGUCCCAAACGUUAUGAUUAUGCAGGAACAAUGGUUUUUUUGAAGCACAGAUCUUAUGAGGCAGAAAUAGCAUACCUAGAUGUUGAAUCAGAUGAAACCAAAUUGACUACCAAAAGGAAUCGCCAGGGUAGCCUGUUACGGGCAGUGAGAACUCCGCAGAUAUCAGAAAGAUCUAUCUGCCGUAUCAAUUGCAAAGUUUGUAGUGAAAAGCCAAAUCAUGCAUCCUCUGGAACUCGCAGCCUAACACCUCAUUUGCAUUCAGAAGAAGGAAGAUGGGUGAGAUCCAAAGGACGGUUUCUUAGUGUAGGGGCUGCUGUAAUCUCUUGCAGAAAUGAAAAAGCACCAGAUGGUUUGGUUGCUGAUGCACACCUUUCAGAUGGUUUCCUUCAUCUUAUAUUGAUUAGAGACUGUCCUCAUCCUUCAUAUUUAUGGCACCUGACUCAACUUACAAGAAGAGGGGGAAGCCCUUUGAAUUUCAAGUUUGUUGAACAUCAUAAGACGCCUGCAUUUACUUUUACUUCGUUGGGCAGUCAGAGUGUGUGGAAUCUGGAUGGUGAGAUCUUUCAGGCACACCAACUCUCUGCUCAGGUGUUCCGCGGCCUCAUAUGCUUGUUUGCAACUGGUCCUGAAGUUUGAUUGAAGACAGCUAUUUGCCAUUAAAAGGAACUGUGAUGAAGCUGAUUUACAACCCGUUUGGAUGUAAACUAAAGAAUACUUAUUGGAGUUUAAGUAGGGCUUUUUCUGGUAGAUAAGUUCCAAUAAGCUCCAAAAAGUCCGUAUCCAAACGAGCUCUUAGUAACAAUAGCAGUGCCAAAAUUCCGCUAAGUGGACGAUUUCAAGGAUAUAUAAAGCCAUGUUCAGGACUCGUAAGCUUGGAGAGAAAUUUUUGUUGCGUUUGAGUACAUAUUUUUUACCCUAGUUCAUGGUUGUGUAUUUAUAACGGGAGUCCUUAUUCCAUAAACAUCAAAGCAGGCUACCUUAGUAUUUUCAUUGUUUGGUGAGUGGAUGUGUAUUCUUAUUUACAGAUGCUGUAAUUGGUUUGUAUAUGUAGCAAAGUCAAUGUUGUAUUCUAAUGAAUAAAUUUAGAUGACCAUGACAAUAGUAAUGGUAAAAUCCGAAAAACAAAAUUUGUACAUAUGAACUUCUUUGGAUAUGUGGACUAAUUUUUCAUGUGAUC